AAAUUGAAAAAAAAGAUGUGUUUUCAACAAGUGAGAACAAUGAUUCGAAAAAAUCGAACAAAGCAAAAGAAAUCGAGCUUUUCGAGAAUAAUAGUUUAGCUAAAAAUAAGAGAAAGCAACCAACUGAAUCCGAAGAAAAUCCACAACAGCAAGUGAUGGCAGAAAGCAUAAAUAAUGAGAAUAGCUCAAAAAAAAUAUCUAGAACAAAUGUUGAUGACACCAUAAAUUAUCAAAUCGACUGGACUUUAGUAUCUACAUCUAUUCUAGCGACAAACACAGAUUUAAAUACAAAUGAAAAAAACUCUAAUUUAUCCAUAGCAACUUAUUCGGAUCAAAUAAAAAGUAAUUUAGAAUCAUCCACUCAAAUUAUGAACCAGCAGCAACAAAUUGACAUAGAAAUAUUAAAUGAAACUACGAUGGAUGAUUUAUUGAUUCUCUUUGAGAAUAUUUUCAAAUAUAAUGAAAACAUCGAAGCAAAUAUGGAAAAUCUUAUAACAAUUAUUUUUGAAAAAUUUCAAAUACCCUCUGAUAAAAUAAGAUUUUUACAAAGUUUACAAAACAAUAUAUUAUAUAGAACAAUCCUAGGCUUUAUGUAUCACUAUGGUGUUAGUGUUGAGAAAGAUUAUGAUCAAGCUUUACAAUAUUAUCAACAAUCAGCAGAUGCU